AUGACUGAAAGAUCAAAUGUCGAGCCCGACCCUUACAUAGUCGAAACUGCUGAGAGAGAAUCAAAAGUGAUCAGCUUGGUCAAUCAGGUAGACGAAUACGUUCGAUGGACCCUGGCAGAAGAAUUACGAGCUUGCCAAAUGGUGGGAGGAGUUCGUAGUACCAUGCUGGAGAUAAUGGUGCCGCUCGACAUGGAGAAUCCAUGGUUCAGCGAAGAGGACGAUGAAUCAAGACGCUCCGCCCGAUUCACUGACUUCAUCGAGAACCUCGAGAGCAUGGCACCCCAAAGAUAUGUCCAGGUCAUCACCCGUGGUAGGGUUCUUCUUGUACACACACUUGUUACGCUGAAUAAGGACAUCAAACUAUGGAGAUUUAAAUUACAUUCAACCGCAUCCAUUCGAUUCCGUCGUGAGAGUUAUCGAAUUACCUUACAGACGCUCAGAGAUGCCUGCAGUUCCUCGUUGAGUUCAUCAAGAGACAAAUGGGAAGAGAUAAUGGAAGAAGUAAGGUCAGCAGAAAGCGGAGGAUAUCCAAGGGAGCCAUUGAUUAUAAACGAGCUCGAGAAUUACUUUGACCCUGAUAUCUUUAUGACCCAGAGAGUCAGAAGAGAGAGCAGGAUUACGGAAAAUAAAUGGCUGGGGAUCAUUGCGGCAAAGAUGAAGAUCAUGAUAAACGAAUACAAAGUGAGGAGACAAGGUGUAGAACUGUUCGUCGCUCAGAUCGACGAGUUGUACGCUUGCUGGUACCCGAAGAAGGGAAACAACACCUCGUAUAAUCAAGCCAAUGGAGAUCCUUGGGGCAGCUCCAGGUCGGGGAUGAGAAUUCCAAGGCAAAUGGAAGUAAUCAAGGGCGAUCAAGCUCAGUGGAUGCGAACUCCGCGGCAGGAGCCGGACAAUAUAAAUAAACAUCCACAACCGAGUUCUUCUACUACCCAAACUGUUACUAAACACGGAAAGUAUGCAAUGACAUCUAGCAGCACAACCCACGACACCGAAACUUCCAGCAAGAACACUAUCUCAAAGAAGCGAAAGCAAUCGACUCUAAUCUCCGAAACAAGCGACGCCAGUACCGAGUCUAAACCCAAACGCUGUUCUGGAAAAAACGUAUCUACUUCUACCGUAGAUGAUCCGACGACAUCGUUGAAUGCGAGAAGAACGAUAUUCGAUAAAACACAGAAAAGAAAGCCAUUUGAUAAGAAGAUGAAGGAAAUCAUCGCUAUGAGUAAGGAAGUAUAUUACUUAGAGCAUUGA